CUCCACAGUAAGUCGCGCGGGAACAGUCGCGAGGACCUACUGACACGAAACAGGAGGGCCAGCAGCAAAACCUCGAUUUAUCGAACCUGGACAUGGCGAUCCGGGCGAUUGCCCAGGUCUCACGGGGGUAUAAGAUUAUCGUGCAACGAGGAGCAGCGCCAUGCGGCACGGUGCCCUAUAUCAGGAAAAUGUUGAAGGAAACGGCGUCGCCGUCCGCGUCUUUCGACGUACUCUCAAACCCCGAGUUCAUCUUCCCCGGGACGAUGAUCCACAACCUCCUCUACCCGCCCUGCGUCAUAAUCGGUCACAUCUUCUCGGAGGAUUCGUCCCCCGAAGCGCUCACUGCGCUGAAACGACUGUACACCUCGUGGAUCCCCGAAGACCGCAUCGUUACGAUGGACGCCUGGUCUGCGGAACUCGGGAAGAUCGCGACGCAUGCGCUCCUAGCCCAGCAGAUCAGUGCCAUGAAUUCCCUAGGCCUCAUCUGCAAAUCGACCAAGGCUGAUUUCAACCAUGUCACCCGCAUCCUGGGCAUGACGCAACCUGUGGGAUUAGGGUUGGCGGCCUCGACGCCGAUGGAGGUGUUGUGUCUAGAGAACAUGGCGAAGGAGAUGGGAAUGCAGGAUGUGUCCGAGUAUUGGGGCCGAGUUUUAGGGAUGAAUGGGCCCCAACAGGUGGUCCAGAAGAGUUGACUAUUUUGACUGUAGCAUUAACGAUUGCAUGAGCGACGGGAUAUAUAUAGUUCGAUAGCGAUUUUAGCGAAUACUGAGUUUUGUAUGGA